AUGAGAACGUUUGUGUUCUUUGUCGGGGCGCUUUUUGUUCUCAAUGUUUUUGCGCAAGAAAGUAAUGCCAAAGAUGACGCUAGUGAUUCGAAAACUGGUUCAAAGUACGGCACAAUAAUUGGGAUCGAUUUGGGCACCACGUACAGUUGUGUCGGCGUUUAUAAAAAUGGACGAGUGGAAAUUAUAGCUAAUGAACAGGGUAACAGAAUUACACCAUCAUAUGUUGCAUUCAUGAGCGAAAGUGGUGAACGUCUGAUUGGUGAUGCAGCAAAGAAUCAGUUAACUACCAAUCCAGAAAAUACAGUCUUCGAUGUUAAACGUUUGAUCGGUCGAGAAUACUCGGAUCCAAAAGUUCAGCAAGAUAUUAGACAUUGGCCUUUUAAGGUUGUGGAUACAAAAAACAAGCCUCAGGUGGAAGUUAAAAUUGGUGAUAAAAAGAAAACCUUCGCUCCAGAAGAAAUUUCAGCUAUGGUUCUUACUAAAAUGAAGAAUAUUGCUGAAUCGUAUUUGGGAAAAGAAGUUAAGCAUGCUAUCGUGACAGUGCCCGCUUACUUCAAUGAUGCGCAACGUCAGGCUACCAAAGAUGCGGGUUCUAUUGCAGGCCUUAAUGUCGUGCGAAUAAUCAAUGAACCCACGGCUGCUGCUAUUGCAUAUGGUCUAGACAAAAAAGAAGGUGAGCGCAACAUUCUCGUUUUCGAUCUUGGUGGCGGCACUUUUGAUGUUUCAUUGCUUACAAUCGAUAAUGGCGUUUUCGAAGUAAUAGCAACAAGUGGUGAUACUCAUUUGGGUGGUGAAGAUUUUGAUCAGCGUGUUAUGGAACAUUUCAUUAAAAUCUUCAAGAAAAAGACAGGCAAAGAUUUACGGAAAGAUACUCGUGCGGUACAAAAGCUGCGGCGUGAAGUAGAAAAAGCAAAAAGAGCUUUGUCAACCCAGCAUCAAGUGCGAGUGGAGAUUGACUCGAUUCUUGAAGAUAAAGGCUUAUCUGAAAUACUCACAAGAGCCAAAUUUGAGGAUCUUAAUAUGGAUUUGUUCCUAUCUACAUUGAAACCAGUGCAGAAGGUAUUAGAAGAUUCUGAUCUAAAAAAAGAAGAUAUCCAUGAAAUAGUUCUCGUUGGAGGCUCAACUCGUAUUCCAAAAGUGCAAAAACUCCUCAAAGAUUUCUUCGGUGGAAAGGAACCAUCUCGUGGUAUUAAUCCGGAUGAAGCAGUGGCAUACGGUGCAGCGGUACAGGCUGGUGUUCUUUCUGGUGAAGAAAGCACAGGUGACAUUGUAUUGUUGGAUGUAAAUCCCUUGACUCUUGGUAUUGAAACGGUUGGUGGAGUUAUGACGAAACUAAUCCCAAGAAAUACUGUCAUCCCCACUAAGAAGAGUCAAGUUUUCUCUACAGCAGCUGACAAUCAGCCGACCGUUACUAUUCAGGUUUUCGAAGGAGAACGAUCAAUGACGAAGGAUAAUCACCUCUUAGGUAAAUUCGAUCUGUCUGGAAUUCCUGCAGCACCACGAGGUAUACCACAAAUUGAAGUUACUUUUGAGAUCGAUGUUAACGGAAUUUUGCAUGUCAAAGCGGAAGACAAAGGUACAGGCAACAAAAAUGAGAUUACUAUCACAAAUGACCAUAAUCGUUUGUCACCAGAAGAUAUCGAAAGAAUGAUAAACGAUGCAGAGAAAUUCGCGGACGAUGAUAAGAAGGUGAAAGAACAAGUGGACGCACGGAACGAAUUGGAAAGUUAUGCAUAUUCAUUGAAAAACCAAAUUGGGGAUAAAGACAAAUUGGGUGGUAAAUUAGAUGGCAGUGAGAAGACGACGAUUGAAAAAGCUUUGGAUGAUGCCAUUUCGUGGCUCGAGAGCCAUAAGGAUGCAUCUGUUGAUGAUUUGCAAGAACGUAGGAAAGAAUUGGAAAACAUAGUUCAACCAAUUAUUGGCAAAUUGUACAAGGACCAGGGCCCUCCACCAUCGGGAGGUGCAUCACAACCAACCGAAGAUAAAGACGAGCUUUAG